CCGGGACGAUUCAACCGUUGUCCGGAUUCCCAUUUAAAGACUUGAUUCAGUCCCUGCCAAGAUGACGUCCAGCGCGCCAACAACAAACUUGCCAUGGGUGGAGAAGUACCGCCCGGAUUCCCUGGACCAGCUUGUUUCGCACAAGGAGAUUAUCGACACAAUCCAGCGAUUUGUGGAUGAGAAACGGCUGCCCCAUCUCUUGUUCUACGGCCCACCAGGAACUGGCAAGACAUCCACCAUCAAAGCAUGUGCCAAGCAGCUCUACGGCAAAGCAUACAAGAGCAUGGUCUUGGAGCUCAACGCCUCGGAUGACCGCGGCAUUGGCGUUGUCCGCGAGCAGAUCAAGACGUUUGCCAGCACAAAGACAGUGUUCAGUGCCGGUUUCAAACUGAUCAUCUUGGAUGAGGCAGACGCCAUGACCAACGACGCUCAGGCUGCCCUUCGUCGAGUGAUUGAGAAGUACACCAAGCACACCCGUUUCUGUCUCAUCUGCAACUACGUGUCCAAGAUCUCCCCAGCUUUGCAAAGUCGAUGCACGCGAUUCCGAUUUGCGCCGCUGGCAACAGAGCACAUGAUCCAGCAGGUGCAACGUGUCAUCGAUGCAGAACACAUUGAGACGACGCCUGCGGGCAUUGAGGCGUUGGUGAAGCUUGCGUCGGGUGACAUGCGAAAAGCCCUCAACAUCCUCCAGAGUACAUUCAUGGCAUUCAACAAAGUGAAUGACGAAGGCGUCUAUCUGUGCACGGGCACGCCGCUUCCCGCAGACAUUGAGGCCAUUGUAGAAGUCAUGCUCAACGAAUCGUUCAAAACCGCCUUCCGCAAGAUUAUGGAGAUUAAGACGGAACAGGGGCUUGCGCUUCAAGACAUCUUGCACGACGUGCACGAAUUCAUUCACAGAUUGGACAUUCCCACUGCAUCGCGGCUCCUUCUCCUCGACCGCCUGGCGCAAAUUGAGGAACGGCUCGCGUACGGCGCGAAUGAGCGCGCGCAGCUCGCAGAUCUUGUCGGCGUCUUCCAGGUCGUCCGAAACCAAGUCGUCGAGGCCGCAGCAUAGCACGCGACACACACACACACACACACACACACACACACACACACACACACACACACACACACGCAAGAGUUGGUUGUCGUUAUUGCUGGCGCAUAGCGCCGUGCUUGUGCGUUGUCCCUCCCCUGUCUUUGGCCUUAUCCUCUUGCUUGCUUGAUUUUGUAGUCUCAUAAACGUGUCACAUGUAAUGCUAUGCUGUGGACUGUUGGUGUUGGGUGG